AUGGAAGAUAAAAUUAGAAACCAUUCUUCUGUUGAUCAAAAGUUUCUCGAACCCCAAAAGCUCAACCAUAUAACUGUUGAGCCUUUCGGAGAUAUUACAAAAGCAACGAGAGAAAAUAAUCCAGAUAACAGUUCAUUGGAUCCAGUAUUGAAACCUGAAGUUUGUGGCAGAGUGGUCACAAAGGUUGGUUUUGUAAACCUACCAAAUCAGAUCCACCGGAAAGCUGUUCGACGUGGUUUCGUGUUUAAUCUGAUGAUCACAGGAUAUUCAGGACUGGGAAAAUCGACGUUUAUCAACGCUCUAUUUUGUACAGAUUUGUACAAUGCAGAUUAUCCUGGCCCUUCAAAGCGUUCACCGUCUUCUGGUACUCGUGUGGAUGCGAAGACUUUCGUACUGAAUGAAGCCAAAGUUUCCUUAUUACUGACUCUUAUUGAUACUCCAGGAUUCGGAAAUGACUUAGACAAUACUACAAGCUGGAAACCACUCGUAAAACAUAUUGAAUCUCGUUUUGAAUCUUAUCUUCGAUCUGAAUUGAAUGUUUCUCGUACAACUGUUGGAUCCGGUGCAUCAUAUCAACCAGGCUUACCGGAUGACAAACGGGUUCACCUGUGUUUAUACUUUGUCUCCCCUAAUGGACAUGGCCUACAUCAACUUGAUGUGGAGACGCUAAAGCAGUUACACAAUAGAGUCAAUGUUGUCCUUAUAAUUGGUAAGGCUGAUAGCCUAACAUCAGAUGAAUGUGCUCAGUUCAAACAAACAAUACUCCGUGAACUUGAAAGUCAUAAUAUAAAAUUAUACGAUUUUCCUGAGUCUGUUAUCAAAUCAGAUGAUGUGAAUGAUUCACGGUUAAUCAACGAGAUUCAUCAAGCUCGAGCACGUCAACCAUUUGCAGUAGUUACCAGUAACCGUCUUGUUUCUUUGCCAGAUGGAAGAAAGGUAUACGGUCGUGCAUAUCCAUGGGGUAUUGUUGAAUGUGAAAAUCUUGUACACAAUGAUUUCAGUGCUUUAAAAAAUUUACUGAUGAGUGUUCAUAUGCAGGAUUUAAUCAAUGUGACGCAUCAAACACAUUACACAAAUUAUUUUGCCUCACGUUUAACUAGUAUAGCUGAAGCUGGUAAAUUUUUAGCCAAUGAAGAUAGUCGUGAACCACUUAGUCAACUAGAAACUGAACGUUUGGCACAUCAACGUAAAUUAGCUAAACUUGAAUCAGAAAUGGAAAAUGUCUUUGAACAAAAGGUUCAAGAACGUACAAAUAAAUUAAUUGAAACAGAACGUGAUCUUAUGGAACGUGCUGAACAAUCAGAGAAGCAUAUGUUAAUGCAAUUAGCUGAAUUUGAAAAACGUCGACAAGAAUUUGAAGAUGAACGUGCUAUAUGGGAAGCUGAAAAUCGUGAAUAUUUAGAGGCUUUACAGAUAACAAUGGAAAGGAAUGAUUUUGUAAAAGAUAAAUUUCGAAUUAAACGUAAAGGAUUAUUUUAA